GUUCUACCUGUAAAUUAUCAAUAUUUAGUUCUACCUGUAAAUUAUCAAUAUCUAGUUCUAGCUGUAAAUUAUCAAUAUCUAGUUCUACCUGUAAAUUUUCAAUGUCUAGUUCUAGCUGUAAAUUAUCAAUAUCUAGUUCUACCUGUAAAUUAUCAAUAUCUAGUUCUGCCUGUAAAUUAUCAAUGUCUAGUUCUACCUGUAAAUUAUCAAUGUCUUGUUCUACCUGUAAAUUAUCAAUAUCUAGUUCUACCUGUAAAUUAUCAAUAUCUACUUCUACCUGUAAAUUAUCGAUAUCUGGUUCUA